GACCAUGUGUCUUGGAUCCCUGGUAUGACAAUUGCUGUUGUGAAAAAAUCACAAAUUUUGUUCAUGAAAGGAUAUGGAAAAACAGCAAUACAUUCGGAAACUCCUGUUACCGAGCACACGCUGUUUCUACUCGCUUCUAUUUCCAAUUCUUUUGCAUCAACACUACUUCUAAAGCAAAUGGAAAACCAAAAUCCUCCGCUGGACCUCUCCACUAAAGUCAGAGACAUGAUGGAGGUUGAUUUUGUCUUCUUUGAUGAAGAACGAACUCAAAAUGCUAACUUAGUGGACGUUCUAGCACACAGGAUAGGAAGCCCUGAACAUAACUUUUUACGACUAGAUUCUUCCUUAACUAGGGCAGAUUUACCUAAGCUUUUUAAAGAUAUGACACCGAUGAAGAAAUUUAGAGAAUCGUCUGUCUAUUCCUGCAUGAUGUAUGGAUUUGCAACAUACCUGUCAGAGAAACUCGGAAAUGGUCAACCAUGGGGAGAUCUCGUGGCAUCGGAGAUCUUUGAUCCUCUUCAAAUGACGUUUUCAACGGUCGUUACAAGACUGCAAUCUCUAGACAAUGCUGCACAAGGAUAUUUAGAAAGAUCAUCAUUAGCACCAGUUCCACUUGAAUUUAUCAGACUGUGGGAAACCUGGGCAGGUUCCGGAGGAGUUAUGUCAAACGCUGUGGAUAUGGCAAAAUACAUGAACUUCCACCUGAGCAAUAAGGACAAAUACGGCAACACGUUCAUGUCGGACAAAAAUUUCGCUGCACUGCACCAGGAGCAUAACAAAUUGACCAAUUCAGUUAUUAACGAAAUAUCUGGGGAAGUAGAAGUACCAACUGUUGAAAAUGGCUACGGACUUGGAUGGAAACGAGGAAAAUACAGAGGUCAUGACAUUCUGCAACAUGGUGGAAAUACGUUUGGUUAUUGUUCUUUUAUAACUCUUUUCCCCGAGCAAGAAAUCGGAAUCUUCACUGCUAUGAACGGGUAUGAUGCCAGAUAUAUUUUGCGCUUGUUACUACAUAGUUUCCUCUCUGACGCUGCUUUGGAAUUGACGCCACUUCUAAAUGCUGAUUCCAUUCGCUCUAAGAUCAAAAGACCAGAAUACCUCCCCCUAAUUACUGAAGAGAAAAAUGAUUCAGUCCAAAUUUUCGAAAAGUAUGUAGGAGAGUACACCAACUCAAUUUACGGAAGCAUGAAGAUAAAAAAUAACCACACAAAUCUGAGUUUAGAAUAUGGCGACUGCAAAUGGAACCUUUGGAAACAAAAGGGCGAGGAGAGGUUUUUGGCGGAAGGUACUGGGAUGAUCAAGGACUUGAUUGAUUUUGGUCCUAUUACAUUCAAGACCGAGGAAGAGUCAUUUUCUGUCGAAAUAGAGGGGUUUGGCAUUCGCAUUGCUUUCAAAGCCCCUACUGUUACAUUUCGUAGACGUACAGAAACUCAAAGCAUAUAAAUGUCAGACAGAUGUACAACUUGCUCUCUAGGCUCAGAGAAGAUGACAAUGUUGAAAAAAAAUGUAUGAUAACAUUUAAUGACUGGUUAUAAUUCAUACAUAUUCUUUUUCAAAAGUGUAUCAUGCAGUUUUAGCAACUGUUGUGUCUAUAUUGGACCGUCAAUAUCAUCAAAAUGGAUACGAUGAUCUGUCAUAUCCAUUACGUACAUUUAUAUGUAGACAAGACUUUUCAUGACAAAUAUUCUGAGAUUUUAUUUUUCAUUUAUGUACAAAGGCACCCAUAGGUAUUAGUUGUCUAAUCAUUUCUUUCAAUGAAAUGUACAACUGUAUUUAUGGCUUGUA